CUAUUCUCAAGGAAGCUAAUGAUUAAUUAGUGGAUUCAAAAUAAUAAUAAAUAACAGUACCAGUGUAAGAGUAGAGGCAUUAGGCAGAGCUUUAUGCUGAUCAUCCAGCAGUUACUCCAGUCAUGAAGUGCAUUAUUUUACUGGCUCUCUUUGCUGUGGCAUUCGCCGCCCCUGUUGAUGAUGAUGAUAAGAUCAUCGGAGGGUAUGAGUGCCCAGCACACUCGGUGCCCUACAUGGCGUCUCUGAAUAUUGGGUAUCACUAUUGUGGAGGCUCUCUGAUUAAUGAGUUGUGGGUCCUGUCUGCUGCCCACUGCUACAAGUCAUCUUACCAAGUGUAUCUGGGUGAACACAACUUUGAUAUCAACGAGGGCACUGAGCAGGUCAUCUCUUCCGCCAAGGUCAUCAGGCACUCCAGUUACAGCAGCCUCACCCUCAACAAUGACAUCAUGCUUAUCAAGCUGAGCUCACCUGCCACCCUGAACAGCUAUGUGCGCACUGUGUCCUUGCCCAGCAGCUUCCCCUCUGCUGGUACCGAAUGCCUGGUCACUGGAUGGGGGAACACUCUGACCAGUGGAACAAACUACCCCUCCACUCUGAUGUGCCUGGAAAUCCCGAUCCUGAGUGACAGCAGUUGCAAAAGUGCCUAUCCUCUUCAGAUCACCUCCAGCAUGUUCUGCGCUGGCUUCCUGGAGGGAGGCAAAGACUCUUGCCAGGGAGAUUCUGGUGGCCCAGUCGUGUGCAACGGUGAACUGCAGGGUAUUGUGUCCUGGGGUUAUGGCUGUGCCCUGAAGAAUAAGCCUGGGGUCUACACCAAAGUCUACAACUUCGUCUCCUGGAUCACCAGCACCAUAAACAGCAAUUAGAUCUUUCAGAUGUUGCAUUUUGUGCCAUUGCUCAAAUUUCCAAAAAUAUCUGGAAAGGAUUAAACAUUUUUGUAACAGAAGAAUGAAAGAAAUGUGUGUGAGUGCCUCAUUUCAUGACUGAGUGCUGUAUGGAAGCGCAAAUGAAAAUAUCUGACCAUUUUAA